UCUUAUUUUAAGGAAAUACAUCGUCACAUAUAGGCAUAAAGAAAGAAAGCCAGUCUGCAGAUACUAUGUACAGUUUGGCAAAAGAUGACGAGACAGAGAAACCUUCCUUUUCAAGUUCUAUUUCACUGCAAUCUCAAAAUGCUUACUACAGUUUUACAAAUGUAGACAAAGUUCCAAAGACUGCAAUUCCAGUGAAAGAUCUUCCAGAUCUAGUUCUAACGGGAGAUGUCGCCAAAAACAAAUUUGAAAAAGAAUUUCAGAAUCUCCCACAAGGCAUGGUAGAAGAACACAAAGAGGCACGGAGAAGACAUAACAUUGAAAAGAACCGAUACAGGAACCUAUACGCUUAUGACAACACGCGGGUUGUUUUGGACACUGACGACAAUUCGCAGUCCGAUUACAUCAACGCCUGUUAUGUGCAUGGAUUCAAGAAACCCAAACAAUACGUUGCAUCCCAAGGACCAACAAAAGACAUAUUGACAGAUUUUUGGAGAAUGAUAUGGCAAAUAGAGUGUAGCAAAGUUGUUAUGCUUACAAAUACCGUAGAGGAAGGAAAAACCAAGUGUGAGCAGUACUGGCCGGUAGAAGGAAGCACAACCUCGUAUGGUGGAAUAACAGUGGACACAGAGAACACUGAGAAUUUCUCACAGUUUGUGAUACGAACAUUUAAAAUACGAAACGAAACUUCAACCCGGAAGUCAAAGACAAUAACCCAGUUUCAUUUCACGGCGUGGCCAGACAGAGGAGUUCCGAAAUAUACUUCGUCGCUUGUGCAGUUCCUUAACAAAGUAAAAUAUGCUCCAGUUCAUGGGAAAGGACCAAUCGUAGUACAUUGCAGUGCCGGUGUAGGAAGGACUGGCACAUUUAUAGCACUAGAUUAUCUGACUGAACAAGGCAAAACAAUGGGUUUCGUUGAUGUUUUUGGCACUUUGACAUCCAUGAGAACACAAAGAGUUAGUCUAGUACAAACGCUGGAGCAGUACAUAUUUGUGCAUCAAUCACUGAUCGAAUCUUUGAUGUUACCAACAUCUGCACUACCUGCAGCACAGUUUCCGAAAGCAUACCAGGAGUUGCUUCACAUGGACAGGAAAAAGAAAAAACGGAAAAUAUAUGUUGAAUUUGAGACAUUGAAAAAGGUGUCUCCAGUGGCAGAUGAAUGUGAAUAUGUGUCAGCAAAGCUUGUUAGAAAUAGACAGAAGAAUAGAUAUUCUAACGUACUUCCAGUUGAAGAGUUCAUGCCCUCAUUGAUGUCAAACAGUUAUGACGGAGCCAGUCGUUACAUCAAUGCUGUCUUCCUAUCGAGUUAUAAAGAACGAAAGGCAUUCAUCAUAACUCAGGCACCUCUUGAAUCAACGAGAGAUGACUUUUGGGGUCUUGUGUGGGAACAUGAUGUUCAUACUAUAGUCAUGAUGAACAACAUUUCAGAAACUACGGAUUCUGAGAGGUACUGGCCAGAUAAUGAUGAAACAACUGCAUUUGAAAACAUUGAAAUAACCAACGAUGGAAGUGAAGAAAUAAACGACCAUCAAGUGGUAUCUUUGUCAGUAAAGAAAUAUAAAAUGACAAGAAAGGUCAAGCAAAUCAGAUGUGGAAGAUGGUCGCCAAAGCAUAACUUGCCAGACUCGCCUGAAGUUAUACUAGAUCUUAUGGAACUUGUUCAAGCAUCGCAACAACAGUCAGGGAACCAUACAAUUCUUGUACAUUGCAUGAAUGGGGCAGACAAAAGUGGACUGUAUUGUGUGAUAUCAGCAGUAAUAGAACGCUUGAAGAUUGAGCAAGAUGUUGCAAUCUCGCAGGUAAUUGAAGAAAUGAGGAACGCUAGGGAACAGAUUAUACCUUCUGUUGAGCAGUACCAGUUUUGCCAUAAAGCUGUCCUUGCUUUUAUACAGCAGUACGAUACGUACUCAAACUUUACCGUGUGUUAGGUCAUCAGCUGAUGAAAAAUAAUGACUGGAGGAACUUCUGAAGUAUUUGUAGUGAAUAGAAAUACAGUUUGUCAUUCACUUUAUGCCUGUGCUGUUUUAUACAAAGAAACAAUUAAUGUACAUAUCAUAUAUUUCCUACUUUUUAUAAUCAUCUUUGUGUGAAAUCGAUUUAAUGUAUAAUCUGACUGUCGUAUUCUUAUAUGAUAUUAUCAGACAUUUAAUGCCUUUAAAUGUGUGUCAUGACUGUGUAAUGAUAUAACCACAGUUUUACGUUUGCAAUUUUGCCUUGGUGUUUUACCAUAUGUUCCGUUCAUAUGCUGAUUUUUGGAAAUUAUAAGAUGCAAAAUUGUCUGCUACGUACAUAUAACUCUAACUCGUUGAUUUUUAAAUGAAUACGUUCUGUUCAUUGUAGUAAAAUACAUGUCACUGACGUUAUCAUGACGUAGAAUUAUUGCUGUUAGUGCAGUUUUAAGUCAAUCAAGUUCCGGGACUUAAAUGUGCGUCAUAGCUAUCAAACUGUAAGAUUUUAUAAUAAUGAAACUUAGUGAUCCUACGAAAAUUGCCGAAUUUUCGACAGUAUUUCAACAAGAGCAAUUUGACAACUUAACUAUGUGUAUUCCCUGUUUGUUUAGUUUUUGUAUUUUGUAAUUUAUAUGUUACAAAAAUAAUAUACGCGGAAAAAAGACUUUAACUUUGUACUAAAAAAGGUGUUUAAUUUAUUUCGUAACAUGUAAAUAAUCUUUCAUGAUAUCAUACAAUGUAAAUUUUCUCAUUUUAGAUAUUGCUUUUUGUUAUUGCAAAAUAUACAUUAUUUCUUACCUUCCAAAUAAAUGCUAUUUCUUAGUAA